UACUUCGCGACGACGUCGAAGAGGCAACAGGCAUGACUUUACAGUAGCGGCUCAAAACACUAACACGUCGCCCUGCAUGCACCUGCGUCUCUGCGUUUUAACUCGGUAAAAACCAUUUCCAGCUGAAGAUCGCGCUCUAUUCGGACAAAGAUGGCUCAUCUAAUACGACACAAGAUCUCCAACAAGCUGACCAACGCGGCCCACACGGUGACCAACAAAUCCCAGGCCAAGGUCAGCGGGGUGUUCGCCCGGCUGGGCUUCCAGGCCGCGACGGACGAGGAGGGCCUGGGCUUCGCCGAGUGCGACGACUUGGAUUAUGACUACAGGCAAGGGAUGCAAAUGGAUGUCCUUCAAGGAGAAGAGGAAGGGGGACACAUGGAGGGGGAGGGCGGGCUGGAGGGGGACAGCCACUACCAGAGGGACGGCACCGGCCGGAGGGCCUCGUCCCUGAAGACAGGAGGCUCGCUGGAUGAGGACAAGCCCAAAAUCACGACCUGGGAGGCUGGCUGGAACGUCACCAACGCCAUUCAGGGCAUGUUCGUCCUCGGCCUGCCGUACGCCAUCCUCCACGGCGGCUACCUCGGCCUCUUCCUCAUCAUCUUCGCGGCCGUGGUGUGCUGCUACACCGGCAAGAUCCUCAUCGCGUGCCUGUACGAGGAGAACGAGGACGGCAUCAAAGUGCGCGUGCGGGACUCCUACGUGGACAUCGCCAACGCCUGCUGCGCGCCCCGCUUCCCGGCGCUGGGCGGGCACGUUGUGAACGUGGCGCAGAUCAUCGAGCUGGUCAUGACGUGCAUCCUGUACGUUGUGGUCAGCGGCAACCUGAUGUACAACAGCUUCCCGGGGUUCCCCGUCUCCCAGAAGGCUUGGUCCGUGGUGGCCACGGUGGCGCUCCUGCCGUGCGCGUUCCUGAAGAACCUGAAGGCCGUGUCCAAGUUCAGCUUGCUGUGCACGGUGGCGCACAUCAUCAUCAACAUCCUGGUGGUGGCCUACUGCCUCUCCAGGGCGCGCGACUGGGCCUGGGAGAAGGUCAAGUUCUACAUCGACGUGAAGAAAUUCCCCAUUUCCAUCGGCAUCAUCGUGUUCAGCUACACCUCGCAGAUCUUCCUGCCCUCCCUGGAGGGGAACAUGCAGAAGCCCAACGAGUUCCACUGCAUGAUGGAGUGGAGUCACAUCGCGGCCUGCGUCCUCAAGGGCCUCUUCGCCCUGGUGGCCUACUUGACUUGGGCAGACGCCACCAAAGAGGUCAUCACGGAUAACCUGCCUUCCACCAUCCGGGCCGUGGUGAACAUCUUCCUGGUCUCCAAGGCGCUGUUGUCCUACCCGCUGCCGUUCUUUGCCGCAGUUGAGGUCCUGGAGAAAUCCUUUUUCCAGGACGGCGGGAGGGCCCUCUUCCCUGACUGCUACGGCCCCAACGGGCAGCUGAAAUCGUGGGGCCUGGGCCUGAGAAUUGCCCUGGUGGUCUUCACCUUGCUCAUGGCCGUCUUUGUCCCGCAUUUCGCCCUCCUCAUGGGUCUGACUGGGAGCCUCACCGGCGCGGGCCUGUGCUUCCUGUUGCCGAGCCUCUUCCACCUGAAGCUGCAGUGGAGGAAUCUGCUGUGGCACCACGUCUUCUUCGACGUUGCGAUUUUCGUUAUUGGAGGCAUAUGCGCCAUAUCCGGCUUCAUCCACUCGAUCGAAGGGCUCAUAGAGGCGUUCAGGUACAAUCUGCAGGACUGAGCGCUUCAGAGAUGACCUUUACUGAGUGGCGAUGUCCUCAAAUGCCGCACUCCGGCAGGCCGUCACGACGCAGACCUUAUCAAUCAUCAUGUCGACCACUUGGCAUAGGAGCUCACGAGGAGGAUCGUUUGUGUGAAGUGUACAUCUUUUUAUUUUGCCUUCGUGAUAAUGUGCAAUAAUAAACUCUACAAUCAUUAGUGUAAAGUAGUUUACUCAUUCCGGGGAAGAAAAAAAAAUACAAAAAAAAACAAAAAAACAAAACGUGUUUUAUGAACUGGACAGAGGAACACAACCUCCGCAUGACAGGAGGUGAUUAGAUAUGCGGGCACUGACGGGCCUGUCCAGGUAUCAGUCUUCAUGCAAAGUUGUCAAAGAUCCAGUGAAAGUGUCCGCGGUGGGUCUAAACUGUGAGUGUGUACGUGUUUAUAUCUGGGGAAUGAAAUUAUGUGGAAUAACAAUGGAGUGAAUAUGUUAUUAUUGUUUUUUUGAGCUGCUAGAUAUUAUCAUUAAUCCCACAUCAGAGAGAGAGAGAGAGAAAAAAAAAUAAAAAUAAAAAAAUAAGACCAAGGCACCCAUCAGGUCAGAUGGGCCCCCCUUGGGUGAUAAUAAACCAUGAAUAACGUAUGUGUAGUUGUUCGAACAGACUUAUUUUGUUAAUUUCAGUUCGGGGGUUUUUGUGUGUGUGUGUGUGUGUGUGUGUGUGUGUGUGUGUGUGUGUGUGUGUGUGUGUGUGUGUGUUUCGUUUCUUCCAUCUUAUGCCUAUAGUAGUCCUCGUUGGCUUGUUUGUUUUUCUUGGUGUUUUCAAAGUGUCAUUCUGGAUGAAGUGAAUUCAAAGUGCAAGCAAGUGGGUCCUUACUGUGUUAUAUGAAAAACUAUGUCUGUCCGAUAAUAUUCUCCUCCUAUUGAACUUGUUAAUUGUGAUUUAAUGGAACUAAUCAUGGUGUGUGAGACAAAGAGUAUUUGUUGAAUCAAGAGAUAAAUAAAUCAA